GUUGGUGACGGUAAUGCACCUAUGCACCAGUUAAAAAAACAACAAGAAGAAGGAGAACUGCAGUGGAAAAGCAAACCGAAAGUAAAGCAACUAAAGCGAGAGGACUGCGGAGCCGAGCCGUGCACUACAUGCUGGAAAAGCGCCAUUUGUUUCUUGCCGGCGGAAACAGAUCGACACCGGGUUCGAUUGUGAAUUCGGUUGGAUCUUUACGACAGACCUGAUGGAGGAGAGUGAAGAUCUGAGUGAAGUGGAGGAGGAACAUCAUGACAAACCUGGAGAAAAACCUUGGAGUCGCUCAAAGACUGAAAAGACAUUUUCAAAGAAAAGAAGAGCCAAGAAAUCUACAACCUGCACUCAGUGUGGGAAGAGUUUCACAAGCAAAUGUGAUCUAGAGCGUCACAUGCGAGUUCAUACUGGAGAGAAGCCAUUCACAUGUGAUCAAUGUGGGAAGAGUUUCACAACCAAUAGUAAUCUUGAGCGUCACAUGCGAGUUCAUACUGGAGAGAAGCUGUUCACAUGUGAUCAGUGUGGGAUGAGCUUCACACGAAACAUACACCUUAGAAAACACAUGAUGAUCCACACUGGAGGGAAGCUGAAUGCAUGUGAUCAGUGUGGGAAGAGUUUCACAAACAAAUGUCAUCUUGAGCGUCACAUGAGAGUUCAUACUGGAGAGAAACCGUUCACAUGUGAUCAGUGCGGGAAGAGUUUCACAAACAAAGGUAAUCUUGAGCGUCACAUGAGAGUUCAUACUGGAAAGAGACCAUUCACAUGUGAUCAGUGUGGGAUGAGUUUCACAGUCAAAGAAAGUCUUGAGCGUCACAUGAGAUUCCACACUGGAGAGAGACCGUUCACAUGUGAUCAGUGUGGGAAGAGCUUCACAAGAUCAGAACACCUCGAGUUACACAAGAAGAUCCACACUGGAGAGAAGCCGCACGCAUGUGAUCAGUGUGGGAAGAGAUUCUUAUGCAAACCUUAUUUUAAGCGUCACAUGAGGAUCCACAUUGGAGAGAGACCAUUCACAUGUGAUCAAUGUGGGAAGACAUUUCUUCUGGAAUCAGCUCUGAAGACACACCUGACAGUCCAUACGAAGGAGAAGCCACAUUCAUGUUCUGUAUGUGGAAAGAGUUUUUCACUGCUGCAAUAUUUACAGAGACAUCAGAAAAUACACACUGCCAUGAAAGAGUACAUGUGCUUUGAGUGUGAGAAGAUGUUUACUACAGCAAACCAAUUAAAACAGCACGAGAGAAUUCACACUGGAGAAAAACCUUACAAGUGUUCAUACUGUGACACGAGAUUCAGUGUGUCAUCAUCUCUGAAAAAACAUGAGAGGAUCCACAGCAGAGAGAAGCCGUUCACAUGUGAUCAAUGUGGGAAGAGCUUCACAAGAUCAGAACACCUUGAGUUACACAAGAAGAUCCACACUGGAGAGAAGCCGCACGCAUGUGAUCAGUGUGGGAAGAGAUUCUUAUGCAAACCUUAUUUUAAGCGUCACAUGAGAGUUCAUUCUGGAGAGAAGUCCUUCAUGUGUGAUCAGUGUGGGAUGAGCUUCACACAGAAAAUACACCUUAAAAAACACAUGAGGAUCCACACUGGAGGGAAGCUGAAUGCAUGUGAUCAGUGUGGGAAGAGUUUCAAGCGAUCAUCACACCAUAAAGAACACGUGAGAGUUCACACGGGAGAGAAGCCGUUCUCAUGUGAUCAAUGUGGAAGGAAAUUCACACAAUCAUCAAAGCUUAAAUGCCACAUGAAGAGCCACACCGGAGAGAAGACGUUGACAUGUGAUCAAUGUGGGAAGAGUUUCAUGCAAAAAAUACACCUUAAAAUACACAUAAGAAUCCACACCGGAGAGAAGCCUUACAUGUGUGAACAGUGUGAAAAGAGAUUCUCAUGCAUAAGUCAUCUUAAUGUUCACAUUAAGAUUCACACGGGAGAGAAGCCGUUGACAUGUGAUCAAUGCGGUAAAACAUUUCUCUGGGCAUCAAAUCUGAAGAAACACCUGACAGUUCAUACGAAGGAGAAGCCACAUUCAUGUUCUGUGUGUGGAAAGAGUUUUUCAUGGCUGCAAACUUUACAGAGACAUCAGAAAACACACACUGGUGUGAGAGAGUACAUGUGCUUUGAGUGUGAGAAGAUGUUUACUACAGCAACCAGUUUAAAACUGCAUGAGAGAAUUCACACUGGAGAAAAACCUUACAAGUGUUCAUACUGUGACAAGAGAUUCAAUCAGUUAACAAUUUUGAAAAAACAUCAGAUGAUCCACACUGGAGAAAAACCUUACAUGUGUUCACACUGUGACAAGAGAUUCAAUCAGUUAACAAUUUUGAAAACUCAUGAGAUGAUUCACACUGGAGAAAAACCUUACAAGUGUUCACACUGUGACAAGAGAUUCAGUCAGUCAUCAAAUCUGAAAACACAUGAGAGGAUCCACAGCAGAGAGAAGCCUCACACGUGUGAUCAAUGUGGAAAGAGUUUCUCUUUUAAAAGUCACCUGAAGAUACACAUGAAGAUCCAUGCAGUGGAGAAACCACAUCGCCACAGUCUGAGAUCACGAACUACCAGAAAGCAUCUGGAAGGAGAGGACAGAGAGAUCCAGUGAUCCAGAACCUGCAGAAUGAAACAUCAGGGUUCCCACGAGUCAUGGAAUUUCUGGAAUAUCAUGGAAUUUUAAAAGGUCUAUUCCAGUCAUUGAAAGUCAGCGAAUUUUAUAUACUUUUUUGUCCAAGUCAUGGAAUAUCAGGAAAAUUUGUUUGUCACUUUAAAUUUGAGUUUCCUUAUCAAAAUGUAAUUUUUCUACCAUUUUUUUUAUUGUGUUGUUGCAAGCGUUUUACAUAGGCUAGUUAGGCUAUUUUUCAGUGGCAUUUUAUUCCCUUCCCUUCCUUGAAGGUCAAAAUGACAGUUUCAGUGCAGCUUCAAAGGGCUUUAAAUGAUACCAGACGAGGAAUAAGAGUCUUAUCUAGCAAAACCAUCGGCCAUUUUUAAAAAAUAUACAACUGUAUAUGCUUUAUAAACGUAAAUGAUCGCCUCGAACGUACUUCCGCUUUCAGCAUUCUUCAAAACGCUUACACUGAAUGUCCUACACCUUCCCUAUAGAGGGUAUGCAUCGACGUCACUUUCCCGCCGGAACGCGCUCCCUCAGCUCAAUUGAGUGGCAAAAGAACCUGCUGCAUGACUGGAUUGAAUAGGGGAAGCUGUGAAAACGAGAGUAAAACAAACGAUUACACUAAAGUUUGGACUCGAAAGUGUUUCUUAAAACUUGUCAAAUAAACCUAAUCCAUGGAUAUUGACAUGCAGCCAGGAGUCAUGUUUCAUG